GGGCUUGCAAUCAUGUGUGACUAGGGAUUACUGGCCAGCAUUUGCCAUGGUUUCAUGAUUUCGCCAAGAGCAGCAGAGGGUUACAAAUGCUCCUCUCCCAGAGCCCAGAAGCUCAGCCUCUCCCCUUCAUGCCCUGCUUAGGACCUUCCGGGGAGCUGCAGGGUUUCUCAGCACAGAGCACCUCCUGUGGUGACCCUCACGGCCAGAUUUACCAAGCAGACACCCAAAACCCCAUCCCUCUGCAGCUCUUGUGGAGUUAACCAAGCAGCAGCCUUGCCAUCACAUUGUUCCACAUGUACGCCCUGUUCCGAACCAGCUUCGUCAAUAUUGGCUCCCGUCUUGCUGAGCAGGGUGGGACCUUGUUUUUCUAGAAUAACAAACUGAUCUUGCUGCGUACUGGCGGCGUGCAGGCUCUCAGAGGGCUCCCACAGACCCGCUUUUAAGCCGUUUCUGAAGAGGAACAAGGCAUGGCAGAGGACAGCUCCAUCACGCUCACCUUGCACAGCUUACAGCUGCCCUUUUCCAAUACUUGGAAGUAUGGGAUCUUGGUAGUAGCCAUCCUCUUGCUCCUGGUGGCCCUGACCAUCUUAGCUUGCCAGGUGUGUCAGCUCCAGAAACGCCACAGGGCUAGAAAAAAGAAGAAAUACCACAGUGAAGACAGGGUGAGGAUAAAGGCAGAGAAUGGCUUUUGGGGGAAGAAGAUGCCACCUCUCCUGCUUGACACCUCUAAGGCAAGCCGUGCAAAUUUCAAGAUGACGGAGUUACGAGUGGGGCCGGAUGAGCCACAUUCCUGCCCCUCCUGCAGCACCGCCGAAGACCCGAGCACUGAUGGGGGACUCCUGCCCAGCUCCCGGGGCAAACUGAAGUUCUCUCUCCUCUACCGCAGAGAGCAAUGUGAGCUGCUCGUGAGCGGCCUGGAGGCAUGGGGGCUGCCAGGCCGUGGGCACACCGGGUCUGCUGUCCGGGUCCGACUGCUGCAGGAGGUCCCAUCCCGCAUCCCUGGGCUCCAGUGUGUGGUCCAGGAGUGGAGAAGCCGGGUGGUGAAGAACUGCAGCAGGCCAGCCUUCGGGGACCAUUUUGUCUGCUCCCUGCGGGACACCAAGAUGAAGAAGAGUACUCUGAAGUUGGAGGUUCAACAGUUUGACAAAUACUCCAGAAACGCUGUGCUGGGGGAAGUCAGGGUUGCCCUGAGGGAGCUGAAGGCUUCCCGAAGCCUGGCUGUGUGUGCAGAGCUGCAGAAGACCACAAAGGACAUCGUGGGGGAAGUGCUCGUGUCGCUGAAGUGCCUUCCCAUCUCUCAGAGAAUAGAGGUUGGGCUGCUCAAGGCCAAGACGACUCCCACUUGCAGCACUGCAGGUAAGAGUAAGGGUUUUAUAUCCCCUGUUGGCUGGGCUUGUUGCUGCUCUCUGUUCUGCUGCCUGCUAUCUUUUCUCACCCACACAGAAGAGCAUGGGGGUGUUGAGAAGCAGGUCCCUUUCAUGCCCAUCACACCCCAGCCUUGACAGAAAAGCGCUGCUGAAUCAGCCCCCAAGGCCCAUCACACUAAUGAAACACCCAGCUACUUCUUUCGGGCAGCGUCUUUCAUCCCCUUCCCUCCAUCACAAGACUUGAAUUCCCUUUCUCUGCUCUGCAGAGACCCCAGAACUGGAUUUCAUUACAGUCCUGUUGCCCUCAGUAUGGAGCCAAUUUGCUUUUCCUCUUGAGGAUACCCUGGGGCAAAGGAAGUGCAGAGGUACUACGGCGCUCCUCGGGGUUGUAACCAGAGCACCACUAUCAUCCAUCAAUCUCCACCAAUGAGAUGACACCUGAGAGCAGACUUAGAGAUGCUCUGCAUUGUAGAUAAGCUGUGAACAGCUCCUUGCCCUGAAAAGGCUGAGGUAGAGCCACCUUUUUUUCCUAUAAAACAACAUUUGAUACAGGCAAUCAGCCCAACUCAGCCGCACUUCAGAUUUUGGACCCUUGUCUUAUGUGCAUUUCUCUCCUGCACCAAGCAGUGAGUUGGAGGAAGAAUGGGAAGCUGUUUUCCCCCUGUAGCUCUCAGCACAUGAACAGCACGAAGGCAGGCAGCUCUUUCCUUUGCCGCUUUGUGUCCUGCUCUCCCUCUUCGCUGUAUUCCCAAGGUAUCCCCUUGGGACUGAGAGAAGCACAGCAGACUUUGAUAUCCCUGGGCUACUGUCUCCUGGGCUGAACUGUUCCCACAGCCUGGGCUGAACUCUUCCCAUGGCCUUACGUGCUCAGAAGAUCUCUUAUCUGAACCUCUAAAGCCACACUUUUCCAUUUCACUAAUUAAAUACAGUUAAAGCAAUUGCAAAGGCUCCUAUCUGUUGUUUCAGUCCGAGCUUUGCUGCAGGUGUUGGGUUUAGCAUAAGCAUUUCUAGGACUAACAGAAGUAAACUUUCCUCCAUCGCCCUGUUCCUACUAACUUCAGAGCUUGUUACACAACUGCAGAACUACUCGGAGGUUGUCCUUGUCGAUCAUGCUCUGCCUUUGCAGGAUGGUGAGGAUCACAUAGCUCCUACUAGCUACUUACCUAUUAAGAUGCCUUGGCCAAGUGGUCUGAUUUCCAGCAUUGCUGAAGCCAACUGAGACAGAGACAGAUGCUGCAAUGCUCCCAGGCCCCUCUCUUUCCCUUUCUCUUUC